AUGCGCAAGCGGCCGCCGGCCGAGUGGGCUGGUUGGCAGAGGUGGCUCACACGUUUUGAUAGGGGCGCUGUCGUUGGAGGACGUGUGUGAACUUGGCUGUCCCGGACCCCGGUGGCUGGGGUGCGGGGCUGCCGCCAUGAGGUUGAAUCAGAACACCUUGCUGCUGGGGAAGAAGGUGGUGCUGGUACCCUACACCGCAGAGCAUGUGCCUAGGUACCACGAGUGGAUGAAAUCGGAGGAGCUGCAGCGUUUGACAGCCUCGGAGCCUCUGACCCUGGAGCAAGAAUAUGCGAUGCAGCGCAGCUGGCGGGAGGACUCGGACAAGUGCACCUUCAUUGUGCUGGACGCAGAGAGGUGGCAGGCCCGGCCGGGAGCCGCUGAAGAGAGCUGCAUGGCGGGGGAUGUGAACCUCUUCCUCACAGACCCGGGGGACCCCUCCCUGGGGGAGGUGGAGGUCAUGAUCGCAGAGCCCGGCUGCAGGGGCAGGGGCUUUGGCACCGAGGCCGCGCUCAUGAUGAUGUCUUACGGAGUGACCAAGCUGGGUCUCACCAAGUUUGAGGUGAAAAUCGGGCAAGAAAAUGAGCCGAGCCUGCGGAUGUUCCGGAAACUUCAUUUUGAGCAGGUGGCAGUGAGCAGUGUCUUCCAGGAGGUGACACUCAGACUGACGAUGAGUGAGCCGGAGCGGCGGUGGCUGCAGGAGCAGACCAGCCAUGUGGAAGAGAAGCCCUACAGGGCGGGGUCCUAGGAGCCCUGGGGGCAGAGCCCCGCAGCAGGGGGUGAGCGCGCCAGGCCUGGGGGCAGAGGGCUCCUGGCGCCUCUCCAGGCUGGGAGUCAGCCUCGGGGCCCUCCAGACUCGCUGGACUUGUCUUGGCCUCCCUCGGGCUGGCAGUGUGGCCGAGUGACUGCAGGGGCCCCCUCCUCCUGGCCAGGCCUGGACUCAGACUCUUGGAACCUGGAGUGCAUGGCACGAGCCCAUGGGAGGAGCAGGGCCGAGGGAGAGCCGGAGAAACGGGGAGCCCGGUGAACGGGCCCCCUCUGAAAGGCCAGGGCUGCCACUCAGGGGGCCUCGGCCCUGGCCGGGAAUAAAGCACCGUGA